UUGAACACCAGUUAGAUCAACCAGACUGGUACAGGGGAGUGAUGGAAGAAGAAGCACUACUAGUAUUGCCAGAAGAAAACGACAGAAAAGUGGUGGGAAAAUGGAAGGAAUUUGUGGGAGAGAUGAAGAAGGUUGGGUCCAUAGCAACGCCGAUGGUGGUGGUGACUGUCUCUCAGUACCUCUUGCAAGUAGUCUCAAUGAGCAUGGCAGGGCACCUCGGCGAAAUCUCCCUCUCCAGCGCCGCCAUCGCCACCUCUUUCACCAAUGUUACUGGUUUCAGUCUCCUGCAGUUCGGAAUGGCUGGUGCGCUGGAGACUCUAUGCGGCCAAGCUUAUGGAGCAGAGCAAUAUAAGAAGCUCGGAGUCUAUACUUAUUCUGCCAUUGUCUCCCUCCUCCUUGUUUGUCUACCAGUAUCUGUUCUGUGGAUUUUCCUUGACAAACUACUUCUAGUUCUUGGACAAGACCCUUUAAUCUCACAAAGAGCUGGCAAAUAUGCGAUUUGGCUCAUCCCGGCGCUGUUUCCCUACGCAAUUCUUCAAUCUCUAGUUCGAUACCUCCAGACUCAGAGUUUGAUUCUUCCGAUGCUUUUAUGCUCAGUCGCAACAUUAUUCUUCCACAUACCUCUCUGUUGGGUUCUAGUAUUUAAGCUGAAAAUGGGAAAUUCUGGAGCAGCAUUGACAAUUGGUUUAUCGUACUGGUUGAAUGUGAUCUUGCUUGGAUUUUACGUGAAGUAUUCCUCAUCGGUUGAAAGAACUCGCACCUCCUUCUCAAGGGAUGUUUUUCUAAGUACUGAGGAAUUCGUCCGCUUUGCUGUGCCUUCUGCCAUAAUGGUCUGGUAUGGUAUAUUCACAUCAGCAAAAAAAUACAAAUCUUAUCUUGUAUUUUAUUUUUUGUUUGCAGUACUUCUAUCUGUUGUCCCUAAUCUAGUCAUUUUCAUUGAUAAUUGCAGUCUUGAAUGGUGGUCUUUUGAGCUGUUCAUAUUGCUUUCUGGGCUUUCGCCCAACCCGGAACUUGAGACUUCAGUUCUUUCCAUAUGGCUCACAACUGCUACAUUGCACUUCUACAUACCAUAUUCAUUUGGUGUUGCGGCAAGCACACGGGUUUCAAAUGAGUUAGGAGCAGGGAAUCCAGAUGCAGCUAGACUGGCUGUUUGGGCUGUAAUCGCUCUUGAUGCCAUAGAGGAUACAAUAGCAAGCGCUACUUUGUUCUGCUGCCGCCAUAUUUUGGGACGUGCAUUCAGUAAUGAUAAGGAAGUUGUGGAUUAUGUCACAGACAUGGCUCCUCUUCUCUGUAUUUCUAUCAUCAUGGACAGCUUUCAAGCAGUACUUUCGGGGGUUGCUAGAGGAAGUGGAUGGCAGCAUAUAGGAGCAUUCGUCAAUCUUGGAGCAUUUUAUCUGGUCGCAAUUCCAGUUGCUCUCUUGUUGGGUUUUGUUCUCCAUAUGGGGGGAAGAGGCUUCGUGAUCGGAUUAACAACAGGGCCAACUAUUCAAUUCGUUCUGCUCUCUCUCGUAACAAGUUUAACGGAUUGGCAAAAACAGGCAACUAUUGCAAGGGAAAGGGCGAUGAAGUGAAAUUUGCCAGCUGAUAGUGAUUCCAUUGAGUGAUGUUGGAAAAUGAACUUGUUUUUUUUAGUAAUAAAGGAGUUAUGCUUUUGUCCGUUCAUGUUUGUUAGUGGGAGUUUUUCUAAGUAAUGGUGAGUUAUAUUAAUGAGAGUUACAAGGUAGUGAGUUAUAUAAACUCAUGUAAUCUAGUGCCUUCAAGUAUGAGUGAAUAAAAAAAUAUUCCGAGCCUUUCUCCCA